AUGACUGGCGCAUCGCUAGUGCUGACCCUCGUCUUCUCGUUAUUGUCAGCAAGCAUUCACCACUUUUGGUCUUCGUUGCACUCGUCCCUGUGCCAGCUGCCCCGGGCUCUGUCUCUUGUUCUCGGCCUGGAUGCUAACGCUGACCUCCUUUGGGCGGACGAAGACCACGCCUAUAUCGGCGACUGUCUGGGCAACAGUGAGGAGGGUGCUGGCGAGCAAGGUCUUUUUGACACUAUCCAGCGCUUCGGCCUUCUUGCACCAGCUUCCUUCUCCGCCAUCCAACAGGGCCCGGGCUGGUCCUGGGAGCAUACGGGCGGUACCCGGAAGCGGCUUGACCACCUCCUGCUUCAGGCGGGUCCAUGGCAGUGCACUCGCGCCCGGCAACUUCCCGAGUUGGACAUUCUCAACGGCCGCAGAGAUCAUAUGCCUCUCCUUGUUGAAUGCUGUCUUAAACGACGGGCGACACUGGCAAGACCCCCCGGGGCAUCCAACCGAGCUACCGCUAAGCAAGCACAGCUUAUUGCUGCUAGCCUUUGGUGCGAGCUCCCAUCUCCCGUGCGCAGCAUCGCUGAGGUUGGACAGGAGAUCAGGGAUCUCAAAGCUAAGCACCUCCGCCUCUUGAAGGCCCUCCCGAGAGCUCCCCGGCGGCCUGCCCGCCAGCCCUACAUCACUGCUGAGUCUGUUGCCGCCCUGGAUGUUGUGCGGCAGGCUCGCGAGCAACUCCCGCGCCUCCGCAAUAAUGUCGAAUGGCAGAAACGGCGCUUUCUUCUGCUCGUGUUGUUGUUACAGGCCUGUAAUCUGCACAUCCGGGGUCUGCAGCAGAAGGCACACUAUCUAGCCCGUUCUGACAAGCUUGCCCAUUUCCGCACUCUUACCCUUGCUGCCACUCAGCAUUGGGAAUCCACAGGCAUUCCUUUGGAAUCUAUCCGGCAUCUUCGAUGGGCCUCUCGCAAGGCACAUGACCGUCGGGCUGUGCACGCCGCUGGCGGUUUCGACAUCGACCGUGAGCUUGAAGCACAAUUUCGUGACCAGGAAGGCGCCCGCCUCGUCUCUCCUGCACAGCUCUCACAAACAGCCGAGCAGUGGCUCUCUGUCGCUGCCACUCGCUCCCCGUGCCUCGAGGCAGUUCCUUCACUGCUCCAAAUGGAGCAAAUGUGCAUCCGACAGGCACCAGCUAAGGCACCAGGACCUGACGGCCUGCGGAACGAGCUCUGGCGGGAACAUGGAGCUCUUGCCGGUCAAUGGCUUUGGCCACUCUGCACCCGCAUUGCGCUUCAAGGCCGAGAACCCUUCGAUUUCAAGAAAGCCAUCGUCUGCGCCCUCUACAAAAAGGGCCCGGCAUCAGUGCCUGCCAACUACCGUUCCAUCGCCCUCCUUAACGGCAUCGCUAAGCUGUGGCAUUCACACCUCCGCACCACGGUCGGUGGACAUGUGCUGUCUCGUUAUGAGCCCAUGCAGCUAGGAGGGCGCCGAGGUGUCCACACUGGGUUUGCACUGGCCGCUUUCCGAUGCGCCUGGGACCUUUCCGUCGCUGCGGGGCGGUGCGUUGCUGUUGUCUUUGUCGACAUCCAAGCCGCUUACUAUGAGGCUAGCCGAGAUCUUCUUUUCGAUGGCUUCCCUGACGAUGUUGAUGUCCCGGAGCACCAUCACCUUGCUGGACUUGUCCUCCAGCUUCACGGUCAGGGGGCUCUCUCCGCUCUUGGCGUUGCUGAGGAUGUCAGCGCGCUCCUUCGGGAUUGUGUUGCUCUAUCCCACUGGUCGCUCUCCGGGUCGGACAACAUUUUCUUGGCCUCCCGAGGCUCCCGUCCCGGGGACGGCCUAGCUGACGUUCUGUUCGGCGCCCUAUUUGCCAUCGGGCUGCAACACAUCCAGCGCACUGCUUGCUCCAUGGGCAUCUCGCACACCAGUGCCGGGGUCGAGAUCGGCCUCGAGCCAGGCGUCAAGCCGAUUGGCUGGGCUGACGACCUUGCCGUCCUCGCGGACUUUGAUAGUCCUGCCGAGCUCCAAACACAGCUCCCCCAACUCACCGGUGUCAUUCUUGAUACCCUCCGGUGCUUGCGGUUCCGGGUCAACCUUGGGGCAGGCAAAACUGAGGCCCUUGUCGAUAUUAGGGGAGACGGCGCAUGCGCUGCACGAGGCGCCUUGCUCAGUGGCGACGCCCUUUUGGAAGUUUCCAAAGGUGACAGCAUUCGACUUUGCCCUGAGUACAAAUACUUGGGUGUAGCCCAAUUGCCUCGAGACACCGGCCGGCGUGACUGCGAGCUGUCGGCACAGCGGGGGUCAGCGGCUCCAGCGGCUGUCAGGGAAAUUGUCGAUGCUGCGUGGAACCGGGCAAUCCCUUGGUGUCAGGCCCUCGUCCUUGCUUGUUUGCGAGUGGGAGUCGCCUUAGACUCCUGGGACCCCGCCGCUCCUCCCGCCAUCACUGUCCUGUUCGUUCAGCAGAACGGACGCGCUCUCCUUCGAGCGUGCAAGGCUCUGAGCAAAUUUGGGCACAGGUAUGCUGCCUGCGCCCAGCUUUGGGCGGACCUGGCCACCCGUCGCACCACCAAGAUCCUAGGUGCGCCACAAUCCUACAGUUGCCCGGUCUGUCGCGGUGUUUUCCCGAGCCUUCAUGCAGUACGAGCUCACAUGCAUCGGAAACACGGCGUCCUGUCUGAUGUGACUGCCUAUAUGGCGGGCUCGGUUUGUCUUUGGUGUAUGCGAGACUUCCAAUCCUCGGAUCGACUGAAGCACCACCUUCAAACGCAGCGCUCCUGCCUGCACGGCCUGCGCGUUACAGUCGGCCCUGUCUAUCAGUACGGUUCGGGCACAAAACGUUCGGGUCGCGCCAGCCACCGGGGAGUCCCUCCGCAACGCAUCUGCGGGCCUUGCAAUGCCACCCCAGCGCAGAGACGGGCGGCCGACCUUGGGGUGCCGGCCGAUGACGCUGCCCUGCAAGCUGAGUGGGACGCUGUUCAACGCUCCCCUGCCCUCUCGGACCUUGUCCCCGGCAACCUGCAUCGACCAUCUUCCUUGUCGCCUUCCGACGAUGCCUUCGGCGUACAGCAGGCCUGCCAUAUCUCCGCUGCACGUGGUUCCUCCCCCACGCCCCUUGCCUCCCAGCAUUCCCGCUCGGCCACUGCUGAGGCGGCCUCUCCUGUGCAACCCCCUUUGCAAUGGUUCUCCGUUGUGGAAGGGGCUGCUGGCUGUGACGACUGGGCUCUUCCCUCGCCCUGGUGGCCUGGGCUUCUUGGCCUCGGAGGUGUCUUUCAGCUUCCCUCCUCCUGGCACCGGCUUUGGCCUAUGUGGUCCGCGCUCGAGUUCUUUGAACCUUGGGAGCAUCGGGCCAUCCGUCGCUUUGGUGCUCUGCGCUCCGCCUCUUCGUGCGGGUUAGGAGCAGCAGCCACCCUUGCUGAUGCCACUACUGGCAAGUGGUCUCUGUUGGAGUUGGCCGCUGCCACGGUAUCCUUCCGUAUGAUCUGCAAGGCUGUCCUCCGUAGCGGUGCCCUCUGGCUUUGGGGGCGCCCCAGCAAUUCGGGUCUUGCCCUGCUGCGCCGCCUGCUCCCGGCGGCCUUCUUCUUGGACUUCCUUUCGCCGAGGGGACGGGUCUUCCUUGUCGCUAGCUCUGCUUCCUUGGCCUCCCUUGUGCGUGCAGUCAUUGCUCGCCCUGCCUGCUCGGCCCCGGCCUCGCUGCCUUUGCGAGCUUUUUGGGCCUAUCCGGCAGCAUGA